CUGCAGCUUAUUUCCAGUUUGGGGAUGAAUUUAAAAACAAACAGCUGCUAUACAUUGUCAAGGGCUCUUAAAAAUAAAGUGCUAGGUAAACUGGGGGAGCUUCCAGCUGAUUGCGACAUAAUUUGCUUGAAAUCUUUGUGUUCUGGGGCGGGGGUAGUAUUAAAGGGUUGUAAAACUCAAAUGAAGUUCCAAGCUGAGGGCUCCCCUUUUGGUCCCUGGGAACAAGGGGUCUGGAGGACACAGGAGCAAGCCAAUCACACCUGGAUGUUGGUCGCGGCCUGCCUACUCCCGCGAUGCGCAUUGGUGAUGCAGUCGAUGAGGAGUCCAGAGGGCUGGGUUCGAGACCUCUCUGAGGAUUGGCCUGACAGGAAUUAACACAGCAAGCACAGCCCUUGCGCCCUCCCCUCUUCGCUCCCCAGGAGAGGCGCUUCUGCAGAAGUCAUUUGGUGUGUGCCGGUUUUCCUGGUGAGAGGAUUAAAGAAUAGGAGAGUGCUUUGUGAGAAAAAUCCUGGGAGAGGUUGCUGGGGAGAAAGCAAACAGAGGCAAGGACGACUUCAGCUUUCCUAGUCCCCUCGGUCAAGUGGCUCUGAGAAGCCCAGUUGCCUGGCCUCGAGCAGCCGGGGUUUUCGGUCAGCCGUCGGAGAAACCGAUAGCUGAUCAGCUUCCUUGGAUUUUGAUGACACCAGAGAGCUUUGCCUGAAGAUGGAAACACUGGAGUCGGAACUGACCUGCCCUAUUUGUCUGGAGCUCUUUGAGGACCCUCUCCUGCUGCCCUGCGCACACAGCCUCUGCUUCAACUGCGCCCACCGCAUCUUGGUGUCACACUGUGCCACCAACGAGUCUGUGGAGUCCAUCAGCGCCUUCCAGUGCCCCACCUGCCGGCAUGUCAUCACGCUCAGCCAGCGAGGUCUAGACGGGCUCAAGCGCAACGUCACCCUGCAGAACAUCAUCGACAGGUUCCAGAAAGCGUCAGUGAGCGGGCCUAAUUCCCCCAGUGAGACCCGUCGGGAGCGGGCCUUUGAUACCAGCACCAUGUCUUCUGCUGAGAAGGUCCUCUGCCAGUUCUGUGACCAGGAUCCUGCCCAGGACGCGGUGAAGACCUGUGUCACUUGUGAAGUGUCCUACUGUGAUGAGUGCCUGAAAGCCACUCACCCGAACAAGAAGCCCUUUACAGGCCAUCGUCUGAUUGAGCCAAUCCCGGACUCGCACAUCCGGGGGCUGAUGUGCCUGGAGCACGAGGAUGAGAAGGUGAAUAUGUACUGUGUGACCGAUGACCAGUUAAUCUGUGCCUUGUGUAAACUGGUUGGGCGGCACCGCGAUCAUCAGGUGGCAGCUUUGAGUGAGCGCUAUGACAAAUUGAAGCAAAACUUAGAGAGUAACCUCACCAAUCUUAUUAAGAGGAACACGGAACUGGAGACCCUUUUGGCUAAACUCAUCCAAACCUGUCAACAUGUCGAAGUCAAUGCAUCACGUCAGGAAGCCAAAUUGACAGAGGAGUGUGAUCUUCUCAUUGAGAUCAUUCAGCAAAGACGACAAAUUAUUGGGACCAAGAUCAAAGAAGGGAAGGUGAUGAGGCUUCGCAAACUGGCUCAGCAGAUUGCAAACUGCAAACAGUGCAUUGAGCGGUCAGCAUCCCUCAUCUCCCAAGCAGAACACUCUCUGAAGGAGAAUGAUCAUGCCCGCUUCCUACAGACUGCUAAGAAUAUCACUGAGAGAGUCUCCAUGGCAACUGCAUCCUCUCAGGUCCUAAUUCCUGAAAUCAACCUCAAUGACACAUUUGACACCUUUGCCUUAGAUUUUUCCCGAGAGAAGAAAUUGCUGGAAUGUCUGGAUUACCUUACAGCUCCCAACCCUCCCACAAUCAGAGAAGAGCUCUGCACGGCUUCAUAUGACACAAUUACUGUCCACUGGACCUCUGAUGAUGAAUUCAGUGUGGUCUCCUAUGAGCUUCAGUACACCAUAUUCACCGGGCAAGCCAAUGUUGUUAGUCUGUGUAAUUCGGCUGAUAGCUGGAUGAUCGUGCCCAACAUCAAGCAGAAUCACUACACGGUGCAUGGUCUUCAAAGUGGCACCAAGUACAUCUUCAUGGUCAAGGCCAUCAACCAGGCAGGCAGCCGCAGCAGCGAGCCUGGGAAGUUGAAGACAAACAGCCAACCUUUUAAACUGGAUCCCAAAUCUGCUCAUCGAAAACUAAAGGUGUCCCAUGAUAACUUGACAGUAGAACGUGAUGAGUCAUCAUCCAAAAAGAGUCAUACGCCUGAACGCUUCACCAGCCAAGGGAGCUAUGGAGUGGCUGGAAAUGUGUUCAUUGAUAGUGGCCGGCAUUACUGGGAAGUAGUCAUAAGUGGAAGCACAUGGUAUGCCAUUGGCCUUGCUUACAAAUCAGCCCCAAAGCAUGAAUGGAUUGGGAAGAACUCUGCUUCCUGGGCCCUUUGCCGCUGUAACAAUAACUGGGUGGUGAGACACAACAGCAAGGAGAUCCCCAUCGAGCCAGCCCCCCACCUGCGACGCGUUGGCAUCCUGCUAGACUAUGAUAAUGGCUCCAUCGCUUUUUAUGAUGCUUUGAACUCCAUCCACCUCUACACCUUCGAUGUGGCAUUUGCACAGCCUGUGUGCCCCACCUUCACCUUGUGGAACAAGUGUUUGACGAUUAUAACUGGUCUUCCUAUCCCAGACCAUUUGGACUGUACAGAGCAGCUGCCGUGAGCAUCUGACCACAUGAAGCUGCUUUCCAGGAGUAACAAAGUUUGAGGCUAUUAUUCACUAUUUAGGGGAUUAAGAAAGCACAGGUUUCAAGAGUGUGAUUAAAUCUCCCCCAAACUGUCCAUAAAUCAGCUAAAAUAGGGUUCAAAUGGGAGAUUUCUUUUUCUUUUACUGUGUUUUGUAUUAAGUACAGGCUUUAAUAAUUUGUUUUGUAUUUAGAGGAAAACCUAUAGAUUAUUUAUAAAAGAAACAUAAUCGGGAUUACAACUGUUAGGAAUGACUUGGUUUUGCACAUUGAGAGGCCCAUAAGUUUGCCAGCUCUUUACAACUUUUAUUUCAUCACUGUCUAUGGGCUUGCAAAAAAAGAAAAAGGAAAAGAAAACAAAACAAAAAAACCUUUUGUAGAUUUGUAUGUUUAUUCACUUUCUCACAUAAUAUUUCAUACUGAGCCCAUGGUAGGUCCUGUCACUUUGACAGUGCAUUACAGAAUAUGCAGCUAUUUUAAAUACAGAUAAUUUUUAACCUAGUAGGGAAACAAACAGGCUUUCUUACUAUGGUGUAAUUUGAAGUAUUUUAACUGUGAUGUCAAAAACUUGUGGAUCAACUAGAAUAGAGUAAGAAGGAGAAUGGAUAAAAUUGACUUUGAAUUGAACUUUGAACCUCAGACUUAGCCAGGGCUCAAUCUUUACUCUCUGGUGGUUGAUGGGAUAACUUUGGGAAGAAAGGUUCUGAAACCUUUGGCCAUACAUAACCCUGCUUCUCACAGGGCUAAGGAUUCUGGGCUAAUAUUAUGAAUGAGAUUGCAAUUGAAAAUAGUCACUUUGAAUCCUACAGAUUAUUCAGAAAUUUAGGCUGAUUUGUGUUUUCUCAGAAGCAGGAUUCUGUUUGAUGAUAUAAUCCUAUUUUAUCCUUUUAAUAGUUUUUUUAGGCAUAUGAAAUUUCUUCACUACAUUUAAUAGUUGUCCUAUUUCCCCUUUCCCCAAUUGAUUUUUUUCCCUUUUCUCUGGGGCUGAGGAAAUAAAUAAACACAAUCUGUCACGAAUGGCAGCACACUUUGAAUUGAUUUUGUUCUCUAGGACAUCAGCACAUGGCCCUGAUCACAACUACCAUGUCCAAAAAUAAGUCACUGAAAAACACUUAAUAUUUAUGAGUUAGUAAUAGCAAGGAACAUUGCAUAAAACACUAUUCACUAGAAUAUAUGUCUCAAGUUAUUAUAAACAAACAUUAAUUAAACACAUCUUGAAAGAUGUAGAAGUCCCUCCAUAUUCUAGUAUAGUAACAUAGAAUUGUAAAACAAAAACAAAAAGAAAGAAACUCACUAUUUGCAUGCAAGAACCUGCAAAUAGAACCUGCUAAUCAACUGUCAGAUGGGGUUCUUUGCAUGCUGCUCUGACACAUUGUAAUGGUCCCUGAAUUAAGGCUUUCUGGAGCGGUCUUUGGACUGGAAGUUUGCUAUUGGUUCUACCUUGAUGAAGGGCAUGACUUCUAGAAAGAUUUGUGAUGGCUAAAAUAUUUAUCUGGGCUACUGAGUCAGCCAAUAAAUAAACAGACUGGUAGAUUUAGGCAUCAUUUUUAGUAAUUUUGCUUUUAACCAAAUCAAUCGUUUCCCUGAAGUCAAUAGACCCAUUGUUUUAGCACCACAUGGCCAAGGCUUAUGUGAUUGCCAAACUGGACUUUGAGGGAGACCAAGCCAGCUUCCUGUGUCCUUUUGUCUCUUCCCUGGCAGAUGCUGUCCUUUUUCUUAUUGGAUAAAUUCUAUAUAUUUACUACAUUAUUUAUACCCAGAUGAAUAUUUUGAUAGCUAUGUAAGACAAUUACACAUCUAAGAAAUAGACACCUCAAUGAAAAAAAAACGAAUCAUUUUUUGGCAACUAAAUGUUUUUUCUUUUGUUUAACAAUGUAAAACAAUGUGUAUUUGCCUUCCCUGAAUAAAUAGAAAGGGUUCUCUCAGUAAUUUUUACAUACAUUUUGGGUUACUGGAUAAUGGAUAUUUUAAUGCACUUUGUACACUUACAGGUUCUGAAUAUAAGGGUCUAAAACUCAGUUUCUGAGUUUUUAAAACCAUGGUCUCCAGGUACCAAUAAAUGCUACAGUUUGCCUUAUGAUGUUAACAGAAAGCAUUUACUGGAAGGACACUAUUUCCAUGAAUAUAAUGUUUUUCAAUAUAAAGAUGUUACUACUCAAGUUUUCACUCCAAGCUGUUUAGGGUAUGUUUUGGCUAUUUUUAUAAGGAUAAGAGAUUAUGUUAUAAUUUUGUUGUGAAAGUCUCACUUUUGGCUAACUUAAAACCAUUGUGGAUGUAGCAGCUACUAUUUCCAGGUUGUCACAUUUACAGGAAAAUAUGUAUAUGGUGAAAGGCCACAGUGUUUUAAUUACUGUAAUGGUGUAGAAAAAAUUUCCAUGUGGAUUUUUUUGAAAGUCUAAAAAAAUAUAUGCUGUAAACAUUUGCUGCAGUAUAAUAAUGCAUUCUCUUCAAAUGGAUUGGGGUCACAAUAUUUUAUUUUACUUUUUUGAGGUCUUCACUUCACCGGAAGCAUUUCAAUAUAGGAGCAAAAGAGAUGGCAGUGCCAAUUAAAUGAAUACAACAAAAUUGACAUGGCACCAACCAAAGUUACAAGGGCUGGCAUCAUGGUUGUAUGAUAGCUCAGUAUCCCAGAACCCUGGGCUCAGAGAGGCCCUAAGCUUGGUUCAAUGCUCUUCUGUCACUGUCAUGAAAUUCUUAAUAAUUUUUGAACAAAGGGCCUGCAUUUUCACUUUGCACCGGGUCCUGCAAAUUAUGUAGUCAGUCCUGAUAGCAGAACUCAGAAACAUGGUACCUCUCUUCCUAGUGGAUAGAAAGAAGUCUGGAUCCAAAGUGGAAAAUUGCUGGCUGUAUCAUUCAAGUAGGAAUCUAAAUGGUGAAUUAAGAUGAGGGUGGACUUAGGCGAAGAUUUUCUUUCCAGCUUUAAAGAAAGUGACUUCAAAAACUGACUGCAAAUAUGGAUGAUGGUUUCUGCUGGACAAGAGGAGAUAGCCUGAAUCAACAGGCUUUUAAUUAUGGUACUGCUAUAUUGACCUUUAACUUCUGAGGAACUGAACUAGUGCCCUCUAGUCAACGUGGAAUUCCAUCCCAGCUCCAGGCACAUUUGCAACUGCCUGCAGAGACACAUGCCUAUGUGCUCACAGACAUGUAUAUCUGGUGUUGGGAAGUUGACAUCUGGUCUGCCUUCAUGAAAUACCAAAAAGCACACAAAGACAAUGACGACGGCAGGAGGAAGUUUUUGAAAAUAGUGCUCCUCAUUCUGCGCUCUAUUUUACCCCCCAGGAGACAUUUGGCCAUGUCUGGAGUCAAUUUUGCUUGUCACAACUUGGGGGACGCAGUGCUACCAGCAUCUAGUGGGUAGAGGUCAGGGAUGGCAUUGAACAUCCUGCAGCUCCACCACCACAAAGAGGUAUCUGGCCCAAAAUAUCACUUGUUUCCAAGUUCAAACGUUCUUGGUUGUUGGCCUUUUUGAAAUGCAAAACUCUAAUGCAUAAAUACAUUUUAAUAUUUCUAUAAUUGAUUCAGUGCCUGAUAUACCAAAAAAAGUGGACGUCGUCAAUUCAAAGGUUCUCUGCAGUGACUCCUUCAAAAAUGUUUACGAACUACUUAACAAAAUCCGAAAUCUGUAAAAUAAUCCAAGCCUGUGUAAAUGGGAAUCACUGAAAAGUAUCAUGAUUUGGAGGAGCUUAGUUUGGGAAUGAAAAAUUGUUUUUCUUUACUCCACCUUGCACUGGACAAAGUCACUCCUUGGUACUUGAAUCACGCUGCCACGCCCUUAGUCCAGACUAUUCUCUUGAUUGCUGUUGCUUCCUGGUUCAAAAUAAAAUCAAUUUUGUGGCACCGAAA